AUGUCAAUUUUUACCAUCAAUGGUGUUAAAAUUUUAUUUUAUAUUAAAAGCAAUGUACCUGACAGUAUGGAUAUCAGACGAUUUAUAGAGAAUAAUGGAGGAAAUAUUGUAGAUAAAUUAGAGAAUGCACAUUGGAUUUUGAGUGAUUUGUCAAUAUUACAAACUGUUCAAAAUCAAACUGAAAUGGACAAAUUAAUCGUUCAAAAUAAUCAAAGAAAUAAUGAACGACGGCAAAAUCAACAACGAACAAAAACCCAAAGUCGUCAAAAAGAUCAACAACGACAAGAUCAGCCAAAAACUCGAGGGAGUCAAAAACAACAACAAAGGUCACAGGCUCAAGAUCUUGAUGAUCCAGAAUUUUUGGUUGCCGAUGAUAAUCAACAAUCCAAAGCUCAAGGUCAUCACCAAAAGAAUCAACAACGACAAGAUCAGUCAAAAAUUCAAAAACAACAACAAAAGUCACAGGAUCAAGAUCAUCAGCAACCAAAAACUCCAGAUCAUCAAGAUAAUCAACAAUCCGAGGCUCAAUGUCAUCACCAAAAGGAUCAACAACGACAAGAUCAGUCAAAAACUCAAAGAAACCGAAAACAACAACAAAAAUCACGAGUUCAAUAUCAACAACCAAAAGCUCCAGAUCAUCAGAACAAUCAACAUCAACAACCAAAAACUCAAGAUCAUCAUCAAAAGGAUAAACAACGACAGGAAAAAUCAACAACUCAAAAUAAUCUGAGAGAACAACAACCAAAAAAUCAAAGAUCAAAUAAAACUAUUAUCAAAAGUAAUAAUUCAUAUAAUGGAAAACGCACUGCCAACGUCAUCAACAACAAUUUAGAUAGAUCAUCAAUGUCACAAUCCACCAAUAAAAGUGCUAAAAUUUAUGAAAUUCCCGAUCCAAGUUUACUGCCACAACAACAAAGAUCAUUACCAUAUCCUACGAUUGAAACUUUUUAUUCUAAAAAAAGAAAAUACAAGAAAUUAGAAAUUAGCAGCGAUGAGGAGUAUAAUAAUGUUGAAGAAAAGAUUUUAUCCGCUUCAAAUUCAUCAUUGCUCUCAGUAUCACAAGGAUCACCUCCAUUACAUCCUUCGAUGCAACAAAUGUUACCAUUAGCACCUUCAUCACCAUUUACAAUCUCAUCGCCGGAAUCAUCGUCCAGUUGUCUAUCACAGCUGUCCAGUGAAGAUUUUGAUUACAUUAUCAGUCAACAACGAUCUUCAAUAUCAAUUUCUUUUCAAUCUUCUAGCUCUAGUCAAGUUGUUAAAGAUCAUAAUGGCAAUGAUAUCUUGGUAGUAAAUAGUCAAGUAGAAAAGCGACCAUUAUCACAAAAUGAAUCAGAUAUUAAUACCAAAUAUGUUCAAAAGAAGAAGAAGAUAAGUCAAAAAACUGUCGAGUUUUAA